AUGUUGUACAACUUAUCGUUUCCCUUACACUGCCGUGAUGCCAAGCUUCUGAAGACGCUGUCUGCCACAUGGGUCGGAAGUUCUAACAGUAGUCUAGUCCACGCUCGUGAAUGCAAAUACAUCGCUGAAGGUCUGUCUAGCAAAGUCAUCGUGUCACAUCCUCACGGUGACCAAGUGAUCAUCAACCUGCUAUGUACCUCGUCCCCGCAUCCUUUUGACAAGUCGUGGGUUAUAGAAGAUGAAAACAUUCUCAACAUCUAUUCAUUAUGGCGAUAUAAAGGGCGAAGGUGACGACGGUGUAUGAAGACAGAAAAGUUGGUUAUUCAAUCUUACUUAUGCAGUUUUAAUAUGUAUACUGCCAUUUGUUUUUUUCUGAAGUGACCAACGAACACGAGUAAUUUGGUUUGUUUUUGUUUUAGCAUUGAUGAGACUUACUAAAAGACAAUGAUGCUAGCUAUCACAAUUUACUUCUACUUUAAGUUUUCGUUUUGCAAUAAAAUCUUAUCUUA